CGCGUGCGCACAACACAAUGUUGUGAUCGCGCGAAAAGCUCGCAGGACAGUGAAGACACUUGAAGGAGUUCGUCAUUUCCGUAUUUAUGUAGACGGUGUAUAGAGUCGUGUUUUAGAUAUAAGAAAUUAAUUUUGUUUUCCUGCAUUAAUGUUCUGUGUUCAGAAAUUAUUUUAUCACGCAACGUCGUUUCGCCAACAUGUCCGGACGACCUGGGUCCAAAGGCCCAAGUCGGAAACCCAAAUCCAACACCAGCAACAGGGAUACUGAUAAAGAUGAAGACGUCUUUGAAACCGGCGCAACAGGAAGUGCGGAGUAUGUAGACAAAAGACGUCAGAUAAGACACGAUUAUCGAACUUUGAUUACAGAAACACAGAAAAAUAGAUUGGAUCUGAUUAGACCUGACAAUACAGGGCUUUACACAGCCUUAACAAGAGCUGAUAAACUUUUCAAUGAAGUUAAAAAGACGACAGCGACGCGUGAAGCUGCACUUGAUUCUCAGUUUCUUGUGUUAGCGGCAUCUCUGGGAAACCAACAAGCGCAUCAGUUACACACCGAUUUAGUGGCCUUUGAACCAACAGAGUUUGCUGAGAAACUUAUAACCUUUAUGAAAGGAAGACAGAUUGGACUAGAGGGUGAUGACCAGCAAACAAGGCUCCCAAAAGAAGCAUGGGCGAAACUUGGCAGAGAAGCAUUACCAUGCUUUAGACGAGUUCCUGCAUUUCAUUUUAUGCUUGGUUCAUUUGAAAGAGGAGAAAUUCAGAAGUCUAAGAGAAGUGCUAAUAGAAGAAGAGUGACUGAUAAGGAACUUGGCCCAAAAGUACAUCCCCAACAAUUAGAAAAACUUCAAAAGAAUCAGCAAGAAGUGACAACAGAAGAAGUUGAAAAGGUUCUUGAAUUUCUGAGACAAAUAACUUCUUCAGAUGAUGGUACAUUUGAACCAAUAUCUUUUUUUGAGUUCGUUGUCAACCCAGAAUCCUAUGCUCAAACUGUGGAAAACAUGUUUUAUCUAUCUUUUCUAGUUCGUGAUGGACACGCUGAAGUGGUCUUAGAUGAGGACAAUCUACCUGUUGUUACUCCAAGAGAACCGUAUGUGGAAGGACAGACUACGGAAAGAGUUGACAGAAAACAAGUUGUGGUAACCAUGGAUAUGGAACAAUGGAAAGAAAUUAUUGAUGUUUUUGAGAUAGAGAAACCGAUGAUUCCAACUAGGUCGACACUACAGGAAGAAAAAACCCUCAAUGGCCAUAUUGGUACUGAAGAUGAUUCCUCAGGUCAAGAUGAGUAGAUCACACUUCCUCAUUCAAAGAGAGAAAAUUGUGAUAUCUAAUAACUGAAGUGUACAAUACAAGAAGUCAAUGAAAUGCUGCGACCAUAAUAAUUGACAUUGAGGGCGGUAUCACUUGUUUCACUUCAUUCAUGAACUAUUCUUGACUACAGAUUACAAUUCAAAUUCUACCACAUCAGGAUAAAUACUCGGG